AACUCGCUUCGCCUCGCGUAACGUUCAAUCGCUGUCCAACAGCGGCCGUGGCAAGUUCAGUUUCGACAGCAGAGACUCGAUUGAACCAGGCCCCGUCAGACCGCAAACGGCAGGGAAAAUAUACAAAAAAAAAAAAUAAUAAUAAAUACAUAUUAGCAACAAAGUGGAGCUUUCAGCUCACCGUUGUCGCCGCCGUCGCCGUUGCUGCUGUCUCUUUUUCCGCCUCUAACUCUUUCUCCUUCUCCGUCGCGUAACGUAAGCGUAUUACAAAACAAACGCCAACGCUUUAUUGUCGUAAUCAAAAAAAAAUAAAAAAUUUAUAAAAAAAACAAAGGCUUUCAGAUCAGAUCGCUUUAGUGUUUCUGUGCGUGGUGUAUUCAGUUUAAAUAAUAAUAAAUAAAUUAUCGAAAAAAUACAAAGAGGGAAUUCCAAGAAAUAGGCCUCUUCCCUCGUUCCCCAAAAACCACCCAUUAGGUGCCGCACACCCCUCCCCUAAAAAUAUAUAAAAUAAAAAAAAAAAAGUUAACCCGUGUGUGCGGCGGGGUUACGUAAAGCCGACGGACAAGCGCCGUUCCAAGUUCUUACAAAACAAAAAAAUACAACAAAGUACAACACAUAACACGAGAAAAGUUACGCGCACGCCCAACGCCCAACAACAAAAAGCGGGUCCAAGCGGGUCAUGAAAAUAUAUUCCCGAAUUCGUUUUUUCGCACGCGUGUGGCAAUAAAUUUUUUUUUGGCAAACAAAAAAAAAUUAUAAAUAAAAAAUAAAAUAUACAAGAAAUUGCAAGAAGAAGAGGGAGUGUGUGUGUGUGUGUGUGAUUCUCGAUUCCCCCCGCACCAUCCCCGUUUGGGGGGAAAACAAGGAGGCGCGGUCCACACCAGCGACAGAUGCCUCGGCGCUGCUGUUGUCAAAACUUCUUCUUCAGUUCAAAUAAAACAGCCAAGAGCAGAGCACGCAGAAGAUUCAUAAUCUACGCCACCAGCUGGGAACUACUGUUCUUCAAAAAUCAAAAAACCUAAAUGAAAAAAUAAUAAUUAAUCGAAUUAUCUUCAGCCAAAGGCUCGAAAAGUGAUGUGAAGUGAAGUGAAGUUUGAAAUCCGAAAGAUACAAAGAUUGAAAGAUACAAGAACUCAGGCCCAGCAACCUAACAGACUGUUGCAGUAAUCCACGUGCGCUGGGGCAUACGUGACUGCUGGCAGCUAAAGCAACAAUCGAACGGAAACGGUACAGUGAUGCCUCUGUCGCAGGGAUACUGCGUGAAGCCCACGCUGGGCGCCAAGAAGCGCGCCCUGAAGGUCCUGCACGACCAGGAGCAGGUGCAGCCCCAUCCACAGCUGCUGCUGCCCGGCAACAAUCCCCUGCACCUGUCCUACCUGCUCGGCGAGUCCUUCGCUGAGAGUGGCAACCUAUCCAAGGCCUUGGACAUCUACGAACUGAUAGCCAGCCGCCAGCUGGAUGGUCAUGUGCCGCUGGACAAGCUCAACAAGCUGGCCAGCGCCCUCACCUCCACCAUACGGCUGAUGGGCGAAAUGGCCGGCACCACCACGCCCACCACGGCGAAGAGCCCCCGGAUGUCUGAGCGAAUGGACAUGAAGCCCUGGUCGAGAUACCACUACCAGGCGAAGAAGCAUCUGGGAGAUCAGACUGAAUUCCUGGGGCAGGUGGGGGGCGACUCCCUGAGCCUGGGAGGCGGUGGGGAUGCCCCUCUGAACCUGCACUCGCCCACGCGAGAACUAAGAGUGCCCAGUCCCUCGGUGGAGGACUACGACCCGCUCCUGUGCCCCCUCUGCGGUGAUAUCCUGCGCUGUCCCGUCACCACCAACUGCGGCCACACCUUCUGCCGGCAGUGCUGCGAAACGAUAACGCAGUGCAACAUCUGCCAAGUGCGAUUUCCCCGGCUGCAGGACGCCUCUUCGCCGCCAGGACCUCUGACACCGCCCUGCGCCCUGACCACCACCACGUCCAGUGGUGCGGGCACCAGCUUCUUCGCCGCGCCCACGAACCACAACGCGAACCUCAGCCUCAUCAGCUUCCCGGUGGCCUACGGCGUCCAUCUGGCGUCCAGUGUCCAGCGCCUGGCCGCCCCACCCAUGACAGUGACCACCACCACGGUGGCCUCCACGACGGCCACAGCCACCACCACCAUGGCGUCCACAUCGGCGGCGGCAUCCCUGGGCCUGGCUGGCUAUCCGUCCGGGAACGGGGGUGGGGCCGCGGCCAUGAAGUUCAUGCCGGACGUGUUGGUGCGGCGACUGGUGGAGAAGUGGUGGGGUCCGGAUCUGCAGGCCAAGAAGAUCUGCGAGAAGGCCAGCAGCUGCAUGCAUCUCAACCUGCUGGACGAUGCGCUCAAGUUCUGCAACGCCAGCUUGGAAAAAGCACCCACCAAUUUCAAGAGUCUCUGCCUAAGGGCCGAAGUCCUCCUCAAACUGAGCCACUACCAAAGUUCUCUGGCGGACAUAGAGAAUGCUUUGAGAACACGCUGCAAUUCACCCAAGGCCCACUAUCUGAGAGCUUUGGCUUUGAGCGGCCUGGGUCGGUUGGAGGAGGCUUUGUACAAUGGCUUUUUGGCCAUUUGCCUCGACAAGAAUACAAAUCUCAGUAAUUCGGAAAUAUUUCAACAUGAUCUCGCCAAGAUUCUUCAGCGUCUCCUGGCCCAAAUGCCCAAGAACCGAUCCUUGAUCGCCGCUGCAGCGCCACCUAUUGUCCAGCAGCAGCACCGCAGCUACGCCACCUCUCGGCCCUCGUACCCCCUUCUCUGGGAGCAGAUGACGCGUCGCAGGAAACAGCCGCACCACCAUCAUCAUCACCACCACCACCACCACCAUGUCCACCUGGACGACGUGGAGGACGAGUUCGGGCACUACGACAAAUACAUAAUGGCCGACGAUGAGCUCGAGGAGGAGGUGGAAGUGGAUGGCGGAGAGCCGGGAUCUCUGCACCUGGAUGGGGACUUUCUGUUUCCCAGUGCCCUGGACUUUAUGGACCAUCAUCGGCACCAGCGGCACGUCUUCGAGCAGAAACAAUUCGACUUGCAGCCGCGACGUCAUCAGAACCGGAAGCACUGCAAGCGGAAAUGGUCGGAUACCCUGGAACCGCUGAGUAGGAAGCUGGUGGACGAGGAGGAGGACUUGGACAGGGCGGAGUCAGUUGUCGAGAUCCAGCGAUGCAGUAGGCUCUUUGCCGAUGUCCUGGAGCGUACCCAACAGGAACUGCAGCGACUGAAAAAACUGGAUGAAUCUGGGCAAGGACUGGCGGUGAGUGCGGUCUCUGGGCAGCUGAUCGAUGCCAGUGACUUUGACUGCGUCCUGUGCUGCAGGACACUAUGGAAGCCAGUGGUAACACCCUGCGGACACACGUACUGCCUGGUAUGCUUGGAUCGUUGCAUGGAUUACAACUCCUCGUGUCCAUUGUGCAUGUCACCACUUGUGGAAUUCAAUGUCAAUGCCAGUGCCAGUCAGAAUCAAACUCAGAAUCAGAAUCAGAUCCACCUGCAUCCGGGCUCAUCCUCGCCAGUUCCUUUCGCGCUGGCCAAGCGGCCAGUGACGAAGUUCCUAGAAGCCGCAAUGAAACGAUUCAUUCCAGACCACUACGAGGCCCGAUUCCGACAGGAGAUCGACCAGGAGCCCUCCGUUCCGGUGUUCAUCUGUACGGCCGCCUUUCCGGCCGUUCCAUGUCCUUUGUUUGUCUGCGAACCUCGUUACCGGUUGAUGGUGCGAAGGGCAGUGGAGUCCGGCGACAAGACCUUCGGUAUUGUCCAACCACACAGCGGCAAGUCACGCUACUAUGAUGUGGGCACCAUUUUGGACAUCCGGGACUGUGUCCAGCUGGGCGAUGGCUGCUCCAUCCUUAGCACCAUUGGCUGCAAGCGCUUCAAGAUCCUGGCGCGCAACGAAAAAGACGGCUACGAAACGGCCAAGGUGGAGUACAUCUGCGACGAGCCGAUUGCCGAGGAGCAAGUGAAAAUCCUGGCCGGGAUGCAGGAUGUGGUUCUGGCCAAGGCCAUCGGCUGGUACGAGAGCCUCAGCACGGAGCAGAAGCACGAGAUCCUGCAGAGCUACGGCCAGAUGCCGCCGGUGGAGCCCGACUGGGAGCUGAUCAGCGACGGCCCGGCCUGGGCCUGGUGGAUCAUCGCCCUGCUGCCCUUGUCCCAACAGCUAAAGGUGGACAUUCUGGCCACAACAUCGCUGGAGAAACGAUUGCGGGCCAUCGACAAGACCCUGGACUGGCUGCACGAGCUGAGCCACCCGCAGCAGCCCACGCACCACCAGCUGGCGCACCACCCACAGGCGCCACAGUCGCCCCAACAGGCGCAUCUCGAUCUCGACUGCGAGGAGCAGGAGGCGGCCGGAUCCGGGGCCGAUGAGUGCUGCCUCUUUGCGGACAAUGGAGCCGAACCUCACACGGACGAGGAGCUGCUCCUCUAGAAAGCAAAUCAUAACUAGACUUUAGCUAGUAAUACGUUUGUAAAUUCUGUGUCUAAGCCAUUUCGUUUGUAAUCGAACAUAAAACAUGUUAAUCCUAGGGGCCAAAACCGAAAGCGAGGAAACUUUAGCAGAACCAAAAUUAUCACUAGAUCAGCAGAACAUAAUCUUUAGCUCUUAAAACCGAAAACCUAUUGUGUGUAUGUGUGAGUUCUAUAUAUUUUAGAUGUAUAUGUGUCGGAUUAGAACCAAAAAAAAAUAAUAAGAAAUAUUAGAGAACAACACAGAGAAACCCCCAGUGAAACAAUCAAAAGUUUGCUUUUGGCUCAGGCCCUCACCCGAACCCUAAAAGGGUUAACAUACUGUCUCUAUCACAUUCCACGUAAAUAAAAUAAGCAACAGAUAGCAAAGAAAUAAACUUUAACAAACAGAA